GGUUACCUAGACGACUGUCAUCAAACACCGCUUGGACGAGCUAACCGCUAACUACAUGCUAAUGCUGCAAAUUACUUCCGCAUAUUUUGCAUAUAGUUACUACGGGUUUCUAUUUUAUUUUAUUUAGUGUGCGCCUCCAUGUCAAAGCAUAAGACAUCUGGAUACAAAGGUCCAUAUGACUAUACCAAAACUGAGGAGCGGGAGGGAAGAAGUUGUGUGCGUUACAAAUGUGGCCUAAUCAACACCAUACUGGAUGUGCUGCGCCAAAGACCAGGUUGGGUUGAAGUCAAAGAUGAUGGAGAGUGGGAUUUCCACUGGUGUGAUGUAGGCUGGCUCAGGGAGAAUUUUGAUCACUCGUACAUGGAGGAACAUGUAAGAAUAAACCACUUUCGCAACCAUUAUGAGCUGAGUCGCAAAAACCUCAUGGUGAAAAACCUCAAAAGAUACAGGAAAAAUCUCGAAAGGGAAGUUGGUCGUGUGGAGGCAUCCAAAUGUGAUUUUUUCCCCUGCACCUUUGCACUGCCCAGCGAAUAUCAUCUCUUUGUAGAGGAGUUCAAAAGAAGCCCUGGCAGCACAUGGAUCAUGAAGCCGGUAGCAAAAUCUCAAGGAAAAGGCAUUUUCCUGUUCCGGAAACUGAAAGACAUCAUGGAUUGGAAGAAGGUAGAUGGCACGCGCUCAGAGGAACAGAAGGAUGCAGCUCAAGUGGAAAGCUAUGUGGCUCAACGCUAUAUAGAGAACCCCUACCUCAUUAAUGGCAGGAAAUUUGAUCUGAGGGUCUAUGUGCUGGUCACAUCAUAUGUUCCCUUGAAGGCUUGGCUGUAUCGAGAUGGCUUUGCCCGCUUCUCAAGCACCCGCUUUUCUCUCAGCACUAUUGAUGACAAGUAUAUGCACCUCACCAAUGUGGCUGUUCAGAAAACAGCGCCAGACUAUGAUCCUGAAAAGGGAUGCAAGUGGCAAAUACAGCAGCUUCGAAGAUACCUGACUGCAAAACAUGGCAGAGAGACAGUAGAAAUCCUGUUUAAAGAGAUGGAUAAUAUAUUUGUCCGCAGUCUACAGAGUGUACAAAAGGUCAUUAUAAAUGACAAACACUGCUUUGAGCUCUAUGGGUAUGACAUUCUACUGGAUCAGAACCUCAAACCGUGGUUAAUUGAGGUGAACGCGUCUCCCUCACACACAGCCAGUAGUCAAGAGGAUUACGAAAUGAAGUGCCGGCUGCUGGAAGAUACUUUGAACGUUGUUGAUAUGGAGGGAAGGCUCACUGGCAAGGAGAAAAGGGUGGGUGGCUAUGAUCUAAUGUGGAACGAUGGGCCUGUCUACAGAGAGGAUGUCAACGUAGAAACAUUUGGUUCAUGUUUCACUGCCAACACACACUUAGGGUGUGUGAAUGACAGAGAGAAGCAGCUUCGCCGUCUUCUAAAACCAUUUCCAGGCCAGAAGAAGAUGUAACACACCCAUCAGUUUUAUCUCCCACCAUUAUAGUGUUUGGUAUGUGUCUCAGGGGAGACAGGCUCCAGUGACCUUAGUAAUAUUUCAUGAAAAAUGAGCGCUCUCUGAUGACCUGAUCUAAGCACCUAGGUUGAAAUCUGAAUGCAAAUGAAUGAAAACUACAUUUCCUUCCUUGUAGUGCUUCCUUCCUUGUAGAUUUUCAGAGUUCAAAGUAUACUGGUAUGCAGAUAUUUUCUUGUGCAGCAAUUAACAUGAUUAAUAACUACAAAUUAAAGUGGUUUGGGAUUUUAGCAGUAUCCCAGUAAU